UUACAUGUCGUGUUGUGUGAAUUCGAUGUUGUCGCGUGGGGCCGGGUCGUUUCCCGCGGUGUGAAAGCUGACGUCACUGUGUUCGCUCUGACUGUGACGCGGCAGUUAGCUAACGGUUGCUCUGCUAGCUAAAGCGGCUCCUGACUCGGACGGUUGAAGCUGUCACAGCUUCGUCACCAUGGGGAAUGUAUUUGCAAGCUUAUUCAAGGGCCUGUUUGGCAAAAAAGAGAUGAGGAUCCUCAUGGUCGGGCUUGAUGCUGCUGGAAAAACUACCAUCCUAUAUAAACUGAAGCUUGGAGAGAUAGUCACCACCAUUCCCACCAUUGGUUUUAACGUUGAAACUGUAGAAUACAAGAACAUCAGCUUCACAGUGUGGGAUGUGGGCGGUCAGGACAAGAUCAGGCCGCUGUGGCGCCACUACUUCCAGAACACUCAAGGGCUUAUCUUUGUGGUGGACAGCAACGACAGGGAGAGAGUGAACGAGGCGAGGGAGGAGCUGUCCAGAAUGCUCGCUGAGGACGAACUCAGAGACGCCGUGCUGCUUGUUUUUGCAAAUAAACAGGAUCUCCCCAACGCUAUGAACGCUGCAGAGAUCACAGACAAGCUGGGCUUGCACGCCCUCCGUCAGCGCAGCUGGUACAUCCAGGCCACCUGCGCCACCAGCGGGGACGGCCUGUACGAGGGCCUGGACUGGCUCUCCAACCAGCUGAAGAACCAGAAAUGAUCCAUUCCACCAGUUUUGAUUUUUGUUUGUUUAUUUUUUCUGUUUCAACACAACGGCAGCACCGGAUCCAGGCCCCCUCGCUCCCAUCUAACCCGAAACCUCGACCCGAGCUCUUUCUUUCAAGAACUUCCUUCAUUCCCUCCCUCCCUCCCGCUUUCUCCCCCCCCCCCCUCGUCAGUACUCUUUGGGGCUCUAGCCUGUGCUGCUUGUGUGUGCGCGUGUGUGGGCGUGCAUGUGUGUGUGUAUGCGCGUGUGCUCCUUGUGUGUUCAGCGAGUGUGUGUGGGUGUGAAGGCGUCUCUGUGUGUGUUGGCUGGGAUUGGGAGUAACCCUGGCGUGCCUUUUACACACCUCCUGUGGAAUCAGCAGUCUGGUUUUCAAGCCCCUCUCUCCAUCCACCAAACUCAGCCUCUGCCCCACUCAGCCUGCCCCCACUCCAAGUCUUGCACGGCCCCCUUCUCCUCCCCCCCUCCCCCUCACCCUUACUCUCCAGAGGAAGCAUGGUUUUCAUACGGCAAAGAAAGAGCAAGGGUGCAAGCUCUCCCCCCCGCUCCAUGUAGUAUAUACCUGUGAUAAGUAGAAACAUUCACCUCAUGUAGAUUGAAUGCUAAAUGUUCAUUUUAACUUCUUUUUGAUUUUCAAACCUCAAACCCACCAGUAAGAGAUUCAGUCAAUUGCAUCUUAACCUGUAUCAGGUCGAAGCAAAUCAAAAACUAGAAAAAAAAAAGGACAAAAAAAACCCCACCACCCAUCCUUGAUCGUUCUGGUGUCAUCUGAAAAUCAUGCUGUUUGUUUUAUUAUUAUUAUAUCGGACUAUAUCAGAUUAUUCUUAGCGAUGGUUCUCCAGUGAACACUACCUUUGUCCCCCCCCCCCCCACUAAGCCAGACCGUGAAGCACAAGGCAAGCCAACAAUCUUUAAAAUUAAAUGUACUUUAAAAUUCGAACCUGCGAGUAUAUGCAAUUCUGUAACUCUUUGUGGUGAUGGAUCUUUAAUUCCCUGGAUUAAAUUCGAAUCAGUAUAAGAAUCAUUCUGACGGCGUUCCUACUCCGGCGUAGAAUCAAGGUGUUUGGGCAUUUCACAGACUUCAGACGGUUAACUGAUACGUACACGAGCUUCACAUGUUAUUCCUUUAAGAGAUGUUACAUGUGUGUUUUUUUCUGUAACUAGUUUUAGCAUUUCUAUUUGUACUUUUGACUGCAGAACCAAAUGCAUCCGAGCAGUACGACAAAUCCUGAUAGUAGUGUGUCCUCCAGGGCCUGUUUCUGAUUUGACGGAGCGUUUUUCUCUCAAACGGUUGGCAGUUUUUACUCGGAUAAAGCAUCAAAAGCAUCCAGCUGUUAAAUCUCUCCUGGGUCGGGAUGAAGGAUUGGCACCAAAUAUGACAAAUGAAGGCUCUGUAACUGUGAACGGGUGAGGAAAAGCUAGUCCUAAUGUCCGGGGUUCUCACAGGCUCCUACUACACAUUUUACAGCCCCGCAUACUUCAUGACUGAAAGACCAACGCGACAGUGGCUCGUCGUUGAGCUGAAGGACUCGGUGGUAGACCUGUUUGUGGGGAAAGGGUGUGCAGUUAACUGGUCACGUGAUUCAGCAGGCGUUCUCCGUGUGGAACCGUGGGGGUACAGCUGGCACUUCUGUCAAGAAUGAUUGUAAAUCUGUAAGUUCCCCUGUAAACUGUUUCUGUGGGGAUUUCCUGAACACAUUAAUAAACAUGAUUUGAUCCAACA